AAGAUGUCAAACUCAAUAUUACGAAGUUUGAGGUUAUAAGGUACAAUAAUUGUAAUUUGAGGUUAUUGUUAACAUACUUACCAGGUUACAACGUUUUCACUAUGUGAUUAAAGUAGAUUUAACCGAAGGAUACUUACUUAUUGACUUUUAAAUAUUUAUGGAGUCUUCUUCGGAUAAUAGUUUUGCUUGGACGGAUACUUCAACUGACAGCGUAAACAGUACUUCAAUGGCAACUGAUGAAAUCAACGAAAACAAUUCACAAAAGUCUGAUAAUAAAGUAAAAAAAAAAAAAGAAAAAAUAUCCAGAAUCAAUGAAUCAAUUCUUUUAAAAAGAGAUAUGGCAAUUAAAGAAGAAGCUUGUUUCAGUAGUAUUAAGCAAGAGCCUGACAGUGAAAACGAUUUAAAAAAAAAGAAAAAGCGAAACAAACAUGAAAGUUAUAGUAUUCAGAAUGAGUCACAAGACUCUGCGUCAUAUGAUGAGACUUAUCUCAACAUGAAAGUCAAACUAGAAGAGACAUCGGUUGUGCCUUCAAAAAAACAUAAACAAAAAAAAAAGAGACACAGUUCAAGUAUAGAUUUUAAUUCAAUAAAUUUCAACAAUGAAGUGAAUAAUGAGGAUACUCAUAUUUCAAAUCAAGAAGCCGAAAAAUCUAUAAAAUCAAAGAAAAUAAAGAAAUUAAAAAAAGGAAAUGCCAGUAACGAUCAAGUAAUUGAUGAAAAAACAUAUGUAACAGAGCCAGAUGUCAGUCUACUGGAGCAAACAAUUAGAAAUACUGAACAUAAUUAUAACAACAAUCGAUCUAUUAUUCAGAAUGAUACAUUACAUGAUGGUAGUGAGGAAGAAAGCAAUGGUGAAAUAUCUGCAAUCAAAUGUGAUGAUAGUAAUAUCCAUGCUAUAUCAUUCAUGGACAAGAGUAUAGAAAAAUCUAAAUCACGAACUAAAAGACUAUCAGAUAGAAUACGAUUUGAAGAUGACAUUGAGUCUAAUAUCAACGAGUCAAGUCUUGAAGAAGAUAACACUUACUCUGAACAAAUUAAAAAACCAUUAAUAUUGAAGAAAGUUACAAAAAUCAACCCUAAUCUGAAACAAGUUCCUCAUACAUUUAACACAAAUGUUAGCAUCAAUCAAAAUGAUGAAAUAUGGGUUCUAAAGUGCCCAAAAGAAAUUAACAUUUCCGAUUUUACCAACACUACUUUAAGUGUUCAUGGAAAAUGCAAGGUAAAGGUGGCUGGCCAAACAUAUGAAGGCAGUGCUGAAGAAGAACAAUCACAUCGAUUGUCUUAUCUGGGUAUAGAUCAUAACAAACUUAAAAUAAAAAAUAUAUCACUUAGUGGGGUUAUUACUUUACGUAAGAGAAUCCCAAAGGCACAUUUCCGUGAUGAUAACAUAAUAGUAAACAAUCAAAGCAACUUCAUACCACUUCCGGAAACCAAAUGUCGUCAUCCUCUUUUUGGGUCUAAUUAUAAAAAGUCCUUGAAAAUUCCUGCUGCUAUAUCAGAACGUUUAAAUAUGCAAGCCAAUGGAGAAGUUUUAAAAACUGAAAAGAGAAAGAAAAAAAAAGGCAAUAAAGAUGAAAAGAGAGUUGAGCAGGUUGAAUCACAAGAAUUGAGCAUCUCUGAGAUGAAAUCAGAGCCUGGCUUAGCUGUAAGGGAAAAGAAAAAAAAGAAACGCAAACUUCUUGAUGAUGAAGGUCCUGCAAAAAAGAAAGUGAAGCGUAUCAAAACUGAUCCAGAGUCAGAAGAAGCAUGGGAAUCAGAAAAAGCUAUAGAACAAAAUUUAUUUAACUUUUAAUACAUCUUUGUAUCUAAAUAAAUAAAAAUUAUUUCUAAAACUUA